GAGCAGUCAUCCAUUCGCUGCACCUCCUUCAGUCAGGACUCACCUUUCACCAGCUCUGAGGACUUUUUUUUUUAACAUUCUCUCUCGUGUGUACGUGCGCAUUUUUGCCAUGGAUUCCAGACUCACCUGUGGACCGUGGCUGCUGGUUGUCCUUUUAAUGGGAUGUGGGAGACUGUGGGGUUUCAACCUGGACACCGACAACGUCCUGAGGAAGACCGGGACCGAGGGCAGUCUGUUCGGCUUCUCCUUGGCCAUGCAUCGGCAGCUGAAACCGGUGGAUAAGAGAAUGUUGCUGGUGGGAGCACCGAGAGCAGCGGCCAUCCGGGGUCAAAAAUCAACGGUGACAGGAGGACUCUUCAGCUGUGACAUGAGCUCCUCUGCUCCUUGCACACGAGUAAACUUUGAUAAUGAUGAGGACCUAAAGAGGGAGAGCAAACAGAACCAGUGGAUGGGAGUAACUGUCAGCAGUCAAGGGCCUGGAGGGAAGGUCAUGACUUGUGCGCACCGGUACCAGCGCAGGACCAAUGUGAACACAACCAUUGAAUCCCGUGAUAUUAUUGGUCGUUGCUAUGUGCUGAGUGAACACCUGGAGAUUGAUUCACUUGCCAGUGAAGAUGGAGGCACUUGGCACUUCUGUGACAGCAGACCUCGUGGCCAUGAGAUGUUUGGCUCCUGUCAGCAGGGUAUCUCUGCCACUUUUGACAAAGACUACCACUACCUCAUUUUUGGGGCUCCUGGAGCAUACAACUGGAAAGGAGUGGUGCGCUUAGAACAAAAAAAUGACACUCUCUUAGAGAAGGGCAUCUAUGAUGACGGUCCUUUUGAAACAGGAGAUGAGAGCCAAAAAGACCCAGAGCUGGUUCCUGCUCCACCUAACAGCUACCUAGGAUUCUCUCUGGACUCGAGUAAAGCUUUGACAAAGAAAGAUGAGCUCAUUGUGGUGGCAGGAGCUCCAAGGGCAUACCACAGUGGAGCAGUGGUUUUCUUGAAGAGAGGCGCGGAGUCGAGCAACAUCAUGUUGGAAGAACACACACUGGAAGGAGAGGGGCUGGCCUCGUCUUUUGGUUACGACCUGACACUGCUGGAUCUCAAUGGAGACGGCUGGCAGGAUCUAGUGGUGGGGGCACCACAGUACUUUGAAAAGGAUGGAGAAAUUGGUGGAGCUGUGUAUGUCUACAUAAAUGAAGCUGGCAAGUGGAGCAAAGUCAAACCAACUAGAAUAGACGGAACUGAAAACUCCAUGUUUGGACUGGCUGUGGAAAACCUUGGCGACAUCAAUCUGGACGGUUAUCAAGACUUUGCCGUGGGAGCUCCUUAUGAUGACGAUAAUUCAGGAAAGGUUUACAUCUAUGGUGGUUCAAAAUCUGAUUUCAGCUUUAAAAAGCCUACGCAGGUGCUGUCUGGACAGCCUUUAGGAAUCACGUUGUUUGGCUACUCUUUGGCUGGAAACAUGGACCUGGAUAAGAACUCCUACCCUGACCUGGCAGUGGGAUCCCUCUCAGAUGCUGUUUUUGUCUACAAAACACGCCCAGUGAUUCACAUCAAGAAAGAUGUUAAGUUCACACCGGAAAAAAUUGAUUUUACGAAUAUGAACUGUGCCAAAGGUAUCUGCUUAGAUGUUGAGGCCUGUUUCACCUACAGUGCCAAACCCAAGAGCUACUCUCCAGAACUGACGAUUGCAUUCUCCCUCGAGGCUGACAGUGACCACAGGAAGCCUGGUCUCAAUUCUCGAGCAGUCUUCUCAGACUCUUCCUCAGACAAAAACUACGAAUCCAAAGGUGUCAUGAUCUUGAAAAAAGGAGAGAGAAUGUGUCAAACACGACAGCUGAGCAUACCGGGAACUAUUAAAGACAAGCUGCAUGGGAUUCCCAUCGAUGUGUCUGUGGACAUUCAGGAAGCCAAACGUAAACGCAGACAGAGCGCCGCUCCUCUAACCCCGGUCCUGGAUGCCAACGAGCCAUCCAGCCACCGUGCUGUGGUGCAGUUCUCUAAGAAGGGGUGCGGCGAUGAUAAUUUGUGCCAGAGCAAUUUGCAGCUGACGUAUCGCUAUGGCCACAGGUCGACUGACGAGGGCACCUUUGUUCCAUUAAAACUGGACAACGGAAUGCCACUGAUUUCCCUCAGCAGUCAGAAGGACAUUGCCUUGGAGGUCAAAGUUACUAAUCUCAAUGGAGAUGAGGCCCAUGAAGCCUCUUUGGCUGCAACCUUCCCUCGCUCCUUGACAUACUCUGAAUAUCACAUUCACAUUGCACCGAGUGAGCGGCGUGUAAGCUGUAUAGCCAACAAAGAUGGUUCAAAAUUAGAAUGCGAGCUUGGAAACCCCUUCAAAAGUAACUCUGAGGUGAUCAUCUACAUUAUUUUGGGAACUGCAGGCAUCUCUUUUAACAAUACAGAACUAGAGAUUGAUCUCCAGCUUAAAACGACAAGUGAACAGAAGAAUAUAGCUCCUGUCAAAGCUAAGGCAAAAGUGGCCAUCCAAUUACAGCUCUCUGUAUCUGGACAAAUCCAGCCGUCUCAGGUCUACUUUUCAGGAAAGGUCAAGGGUGAGGCUGCCAUGAAAACUGAGAAUGACAUUGGCAGUGCUAUCACUCAUCAGUUUAGAAUAAUAAACCUGGGUAAACGUCUAAAAGACUUUGGCAGCGCUGAGCUGAACAUCAGGUGGCCCAAAGCCAUAGAGAAGGGAAAGUGGCUUCUGUACCUGAUGAAGAUCAGCUCCACAGGAGUUGAACAAAUGGCCUGCACUCCUAAAAGUGAGAUCAACAGUCUUGGCCUGGAACCGAGUCGGACCAGAUCGAGAAGAUCAGCCACAGCUCCCAGUGGAAGUGGAGAGGGCACCAUUGCUCGUUACGAGUCAAAGCAAUCAUUAACUUUGUCGUGUGAAAACGGAGCCCGAUGUGUGACCAUCAAGUGCCCACUACGGGGCAUGGAUAGUAAUGCAGUCGUUACUUUGCAUUCCCGCCUCUGGAACGGCACUUUUAUUGAGGAAUACUCCAGCUUCCAUCAUGUUGAGGUAAUCGUAAAAGCUUCACUACACAUCGACAGCACAGCAAAGAACACGUUCCUGUCAAAUGCAGAGACACAGGUGAAAAUGACGGUGUUCCCGGAGACACGAGCUUCCUCCCAGUACGGAGGAGUUUCAUGGUGGGUCAUACUGCUGUCCAUUCUACUCCUCCUGCUGUUGUUGGGCCUGCUGGCUUUCCUACUAUGGAAGUGUGGAUUUUUUAAGCAUGCCAAACAUGAAGACAAGGUUCCCAGUUACGACGCAGUUUGGAUCAAGCGAGAACAGAGAAAAAACACCAGGAACAGUGACAGGGAAAACCUCAUCAAGAAACCAUGGAUGACGACCUGGCGUGAAAAAGAAUUAUAUUCUUAAACACCAAUGAAAUCUGACUGCAAGCAAUUUUUUUUUUAUAAAUUCUACUGUAUUUGCACAGCUUGGACUGUAAAUAUCUAAACUAGAGAAUUGGUGCAAAACGGUUCUGCACCCCUACUGCUUUCUGUUAAAGCCCUGCAGUUUGUCAAUGAUUAUACAGUGUUAUCAGGGGCAUGGGAGACAGACUUUUUGUACAUUUUUUCCCCCAAAAAACUUCAUGUGUGUAUUUAUUGUUCAAUGACUUUGUUACAUUUGUUUCAACGAGUGUCCAAACACACGUUAAAAUGUCUAGUUCUUCCUUGUAAAUGGCAACAGAAUAUUGCUAGUAAAAUGUGUAGAUUUUGGUCCACAGCACAUCACCUUCAAAGCAUUUCAGACUGACGAGCAACUUAGUCACCAGGCUACAGUGACCAAUCAGAAUUCGCCCUCAAUUCAGUCGAAUUUUGACUAUAUAUUGUGAGGACAUGAUGUCUUUGUCUUAAUAGAGCCGGUUACUUCACAAAUAUUUUAACAGUUUUAAUAGACCGCACGCAUG